GCGAUCGCUCGCGUACGCCACCACCAAAUGAAGAGGUCGACCUGGACGCUUUCGCCACCAUGGCCUAUGUCCAGACCCUCCAGUGCAAGAUCGACAGCAUGGACAGCGCCAUCAAGGAGUCCAUCAACACCGCCGUCUCCACGGCGGUGGGCGACGCCACGGGCCCCAUCACCGCCGCCUUGCAGGCCGCCCAGGCUGGGAUCAACGGCUUGUCGGGCAAGAUCGAGAAGGACAUCAACGUCGCGGUCGGCCAGCGCAUCGGUGCCACACGCAAGGAGUUCCAGCAGCAGCUCGACAUUUUCAAUUCUCGAGUCGGCGAGCUGGAGUCCAGACGCGACAAGAUUGACGCCUCCAUUGCAGCUAUGGCCGACCGGAUCAGAGAGCUCCAGCAGGCGCUGGAGGUCGCGAGCAAGCAGCUAGUGCAGAACCAGUACAUCAGCCGCGAUUUCGACAGAGAGAUCGACGCCACGAUCAUCAAAGUUCACGCCGACGGCCUCGUCACGCUCGAGAAAGCCACGGGAGCCCUCACCAAAUGGAGAGUUCAGAAGGUCCUUGACAGCCUCCGCGACCGCAAUGGCAACUGGACCCGCAUCCAUGCCCCAGCUGUCGCAGGUCAAGGGACUGUCGAGCUGCGCGUGGGCCCCGACAAGUCGCCCAAGCAGAUCAAGAUCGAUAUCACAGGCAAACGUAUCAGGCAGGCCCUCGAGCGCGACUUCCCGAACCAUACCUGGCGGGUCGACCGCAUCAAGGGCUGGAUCCUCGCUGGCUGGGCCCCCGUCAUAUCCUUCUCCGUCCGGCCUGGUCGUGAUGAACCUCCCGUGCUCACCUGCCAGGACACUGGCCUCCCCGCCCUCGGCAUCGACCGCGCGCAGCUCAAGGCCUCCGCCAGUGCUGCUGUCGCCCCCGAGGAGGUGCACCUGGACCACGCGCAGCUCCGCGCCUUCAUGAAGAAGAUCAACCGCACGCUGGACAUGCACUCCUCAUUCGCCCCUGGCCACAACGGCAUGGUCAGUGGCGGGGUCGCCGCCAUCUUCACCGCAGGCCUCCACGCCGAAAGCGAAGCUCUCCUCCCUGGGCGCGUCCUACGCACAUCCUUCCGCGCCAACAACCAGCAGCUGAACUUCUACAACACCCACAACUACGAUAUCAGCAACGCCGCCAUCAAACGCACCUCCACUCGCAUCCUCAGUGACCAGCACCUCGCGAGGGCGGGCCCGAGCAAGGUGAUCCUCUUCGUCAUGAGGGAUUUCAACUUCGCUGCCGUCGGGAAGCUCAAGCUCACGGAACUUGAACCCAGAGCCAACACCGAGGCCACCGAAUCGCCCAAGUCGACGAUCGACCGUUGCUUCUGCUCCAUCACGCCUACACAGAUGCUGCAGCUGACAGUCAACUCCGCCGCCUUCUCCACCCCGGACGACCUGUCACGUCGCCACGUUAGUGACUAUGCCGCCCUCCUCGUCUCCUUCACCAUGCGUGACGUCAAGCCUGCCAAGAACCAGCCAAUCGCCCAGUCCAUCGCGCAAUCCCCCGUCUUCAAGGAGAUCGCCGACAGCGUCUUCGAGGCGACUGACAUGAGCUACCUGCCACCACCGUCCAGGCUCACCCUGACCACACAGCUGCCACGCGAGAUCGCGAGGGAAGCCAGAGACCACAUGCUCGAGACCUCCCCGAACCGCGGCGAUGCCCAGCUCCAGAUCGCCAAGUCUAUCGCCCGAGCUGUGUGGCGCCAGGACCGCAGGCUCGCCGCCCGUUUACUCCGCGUCCACCAGGCUGCCCAGGAUCGCACGACACUCAUCGGCGAACAGGUCAAGCUAGUCGACCCUGUCAAAUUCGAGGAAUGGGCCAGAAACCUCUUCCGCCAGGGCGCUGACCAGAGACAAGCAGCCAUCAACCAAGCCACUCAGCGCGGGCGCCUGCGCCCCGCGCAGGCCAGCGCUCAAUCGCACGCUCUGCUGAAGGAGAUCAGGCUCUGGAGCCCGACCAGCAAGAGGCUCGUCCAGACAGGCGUCAAGACCAGCGUCGGCACCGCGAUGGGGCCGAAGGAAGGAUUGCCGAAGUUGGUGGGGCACUGGCAGCCAGUGUUCGAGGGCAGACAUAUCGACUUGGACAAAGCGACCGACUCCCUCUCCCAAUUCUCGCCCAAGGCCGACUUCAACACAUUCAACCCGCCUAAGUGCACUGAGACCGCCUGGGACGUCAUGUGCCACAUGCUCAGCGGCGGCAUCCCCCCCGACGGGUGCAACGCCACGGUCCAGGACUUCCUCCCCAAGGGUGACGAGCCCGAGAACUCGGAACACAGCGGCUGCCACCGUAACCCAUCAAAACUCAGUUUUCUGGGCCUCCGCAACACCUCUAUGAAACUCAUCAGCAGCGCCAUGAACGCUGCGACAGCCACGGUCGCAGCCGAAGUGGUCCCAGCCUCACAGCGUGGGCUCAUCCACUGCCGCAACUUCGGCUACAACGUCUUAGAGCUCGACGUCGAGAGCCGCAUCGCGUCCGCCGACCCCAACGCGAUGGACGUGCUGCCCGUGCUUGUGUCGCUGGACAUCGCCCAGGCGUUCCCCAGCUUCGCACGCCAGUUCAUCCGCCUCGCGCUCAAGGCCAUGGGCGCACCUGAGGCGAUCCUCAACUUCUUCGACCCCAUGUGCCACAACAUCCUGGCCAUGGCGCUCCGCGCAGGCCAGUACACCCCCCUGUUCUACGUCCCCUCGGGCAUCAUACAAGGAUGCGGAUGGGGCGGCGCUCUCUAUGCGAUGGGCGCUGCAAGCUUUCUCCUGAACCUCGAGAUGGUGCUCGAGGCUCAAGGCCGUGGCCUCUGUCGCGCCUGCGCUGGCGACCUCGGGCUCGUGCUCGAGGCGGUCGCCCACCUCGCCCACCUGGCCGAUGUCAUGAUCCUAAUGGAUGUGCGCGCGGGUCUCGAGCUGAAGGCUCCGAAGUACCACAUCAUCACCCUCGCGGGUGAGGUCAACGCCGAGCUUACCCUCAAGCUCCGCAACGCGUUGAUCGCCAUCGCCCCGCGCUUCAAGGACUUCAAUAUCUGCGACCGCCUCGCCCACCUCAGACUCCUACUCGGACCUGGGGCGACGGAGAAGCUGAUAUCCGAGAAAGCCUUCAAUAAGUUCAAGUGCUCGCGCGAAGAACUGGGCGAGGUAGCCGAGGACAGGAACGAGAAUUGGACCAAGCAUUUCAAGAACGAGAACUGGAUCAACGCCUCGGUCCUGCGGUUUCCGAACGGUACCUUCAGGAUCAAAGACUGGCCCCGCCUCAAAGAGUGGGGCGUCCACGCCCCGCGGUCGCUCCAGCUCACGAUGGUGGCCACCGUCGCCCGCUCCGCGACCUCGACGCUCAGCAAGUUCCCCGGGAUCCGAGAGCGACUCCACGAAGGCCCCGACGCGCACGGCAUCCAGCAGACGCUGAUGGGCGCCGCACGUGGCGCGCUCCACCGCUCGCCCCCAUGGUGGCAGAUGCCACCGUUUUUGGAGCCGCUGCACCAGGUCGCCACGACCUCGACCGAGCACGCCUACUACCCGUCGGACCUGCUGCGACCUGCUGUUGCUGGCGCGCUGGAAGCCAUCAGUGACGGACGCCCCGACCUCGCCCAACGAAAAGCAUAUGCUGCUGCGCUCUCAGCUCGGGGUCCCGACUCCAUAGGCCCCUUCCUUGUCUCGAGGAUCGUGGCCGAACUCCCGCACUCUGCCGAGUUCUUCAACCUCAAUCCAGACGUGUUCUCCAUGGCGCAGGCCACCAUGCGCAAGCUCCAGCCGUCGUGGGCCGCUGCGUGGAUGAGAUCGCGAAGCUCGGCCUCGCGGACAUGUCAAACGAGCCCCAUCGAGCUCAUCGUGGUCGCGUGCAACGCGUACCACAACCUCAGAGGCGAGGUGCCGCUCGUGCUGGACGUGUCCAGCUUCAAGUUCAUGAUCGCGGAGGUGCCCGUCCUCCUCCACCAGCUGCGCCGCCUGUGA